UUGUAAGACUUUCUGAGUCCAAAUUCUAAUGACUAUAUAACACAGUGUAGUGCUUUACUACAACUGGACGAAAAAGCAAAGAGAACAAAAUGCUACUCAUAAUAAUCUCUUCCAUCUUUCUCAUCUUUUUUAUGAUAAUCAAAUGGUAUCUCAAUUCUACAAAAACCAAAAACUCACCACCCUCUCCUCCAAAAUUACCUAUAAUAGGAAAUCUCCAUCAACUUGGCCUAUUCCCUCACCGCACACUUCAAUUUCUAGCUAAACAAUAUGGCCCUUUCAUGCAAAUCCAUCUUGGUAGUGUACCAGUUCUUGUAAUCUCAUCACCUGAAGCAGCAAGUGAGAUUAUGAAAACUCAUGACCGCGUCUUUGCAAACAGACCCCAAACUAAACUUUAUGACAUACUUUUAUAUGAUUGCAAAGAUGUUUCUGCAGCUCCAUAUGGAGAGUAUUGGAGACAGAUAAGGAGUAUAUCUGUUUUACAUCUUCUUAGUGCCAAAAGGGUUCAAUCUCUUCGUGCUGUGAGAGAGGAAGAAGUUGGUUUUAUGGUGGAGAAAAUAAAGCAGUGUUCUUCUGCUUCAGUGGCAGUGAAUAUAAGUGAAUUAGUCUCCACAACUAUCAAUUGUAUAGUUUGUAGGGUUGCUUUGGGGAGAAAGUAUAGCGGUGAAAGUGGGAAGGGGUUUAAGAAGUUGUUGAUGGAUUUUACAGAGUUACUUGGUACUGUUAUUGUUGGUGACUAUGUUCCGUGGCUUGAUUGGGUGACCCAUGUUUCUGGGGUUUAUGCAAGAGCUAAAAGAGUUGCUAAACAGUUUGAUGAUCUUUUGGAGGAUGUUGUUGAAGAGCAUAUAAAUAAACAGAAAGGAGACAGUGAUUGUUCAAGUGCUGAAGAACAUGGUGACUUUGUUGAUGUUUUGCUUUGGAUACAAAGGACAGAGUCACUUGGCUUUCCAAUUGACAGAACUGUCAUAAAAGCUCUGUUAUUGGACAUGUUUUCUGCUGGUACAGACACCAUAUCCACUUUGCUAGAGUGGGCAAUGACAGAACUUUUAAGACACCCAAAUAUCAUGAAGAAAUUACAAGAAGAAAUAAGGAGGGUAGCUUGUGAUAAAACAAACAUCACUGAAGAUGAUUUAGGUAACCUGAAAUAUUUACCGGCAGUGAUUAAAGAAACCCUGCGAUUACAUCCCCCGAUCCCAUUACUAGUCCCUCGAGAAAACAGACAAGAUAUCAAAGUAAAGGGCUACGACAUCAAAGCUGGGACAAGAAUACUUAUAAAUGCUUGGGCCAUUGCAAGAGAUCCCACAUAUUGGGAACAACCUGAAGAUUUCAAGCCAGAGAGAUUCUUGAAUAAUGAGAUAGACAUGAAAGGGAAUGAUUUCCAAUUGAUUCCAUUUGGAGCAGGGAGAAGAGGUUGUCCAGGGAUAGUUUAUGCUAUGGCUGCCGGUGAAAUUGUGUUAGCGAACCUUGUGCAUAAAUUUAACUGGGAAUUACAUGGUGGUGGUGCAGGAUUGGAAAAGUUGGACAUGUCUGAAACAUUUGGCUUAACCAUGCAUAGAAAGACUCCUCUUGAAGCUGCUGCAACACUUAAUGGUUUCUAAAAAAAGUUAUUUAAACUUUUUAGUAAUGGCAGGGAUACAUUUUCUAAAAGAAUUUCAGUGAAAUAUUUGAUUCUGUUUAGCUGGCUUGCAUUUCAUCUAUUUGGAAACCGAGGAAUAUAAUUUUGUUUAGGAUUUAUUGGCUUUUGAAAGCAUCACAUUUUGUCUUGGCUCAAAGAAAAGGAUUGCCAUGUGAUCUCAACUACUUCAAUGUUUAGACUUUAUUCGCGUUUUAGUGCGCUUUUAUUGUUGGCAUGUGAGUGUGUCCUUGUGUUGGACGCUUGUAUUGUACUUGUUUUAAGUAUUUGGUUUUUGUAGUGUUGUUAUUUGGCUUUUUCAAGGUUUAA